AUGCCACGACUAUCAUCAUUGACACUGCAGAUUAGACGGAGCUUCUUGGAUCUCAGGAAAGAGGCGACUACAUGCGAACAAGUCGCUAUCAUACUCGCAAACGCAUUGAAAGAAAAUCAAACUCUCACGCAACUUGAUCUGGCAAGUAACCGAAUAUCUGCUCGAGGAGGCGAAGCACUGGCUGAAGCAUUGAAAGUGAACAAAACUCUCAUGCAACUUAAUCUUAGACGGAACCAAAUGUCUGAUAUAGGAGGCGAAGCACUGGCUGAAGCAUUGAAAGUGAACAAAACUCUCAUGCAACUUAAUCUUAGAAGGAACCAAAUAUCUGCUCGAGGAGCCGAAGCACUGGCUGAAGCAUUGAAAGUGAACAAAACUGUCACACAGCUUCAUCUUGGAAAUAACCAAAUAUCUGCUCGAGGAGGCGAAGCACUAGCUCAAGCGUUGAAAGUGAACAAAACUCUCACACAGCUUCAUCUUGGAAAUAACCAAAUAUCUGCUCGAGGAGGCGAAGCACUAGCUCAAGCGUUGAAAGUGAACAAAACUCUCACGCAACUUGAUCUUAGAAGGAACCAAAUGUCUGAUAUAGUAGGCGAAGCACUGGCUGAAGCAUUGAAAGUGAACAAAACUCUCAUGCAACUUAAUCUUAGAAGGAACCAAAUAUCUGCUCGAGGAGCCGAAGCACUGGCUGAAGCAUUGAAAGUGAACAAAACUGUCACACAGCUUCAUCUUGGAAAUAACCAAAUAUCUGCUCGAGGAGGGGAAGCACUAGCUAAAGCAUUAAAAGUGAACAAAACUCUCACACAGCUUCAUCUUGGAAAUAACCAAAUAUCUGCUCGAGGAGGCGAAGUACUAGCUCAAGCGUUGAAAGUGAACAAAACUCUCACGCAACUUGAUCUUAGAAGGAACCAAAUGUCUGAUAUAGUAGGCGAAGCACUGGCUGAAGCAUUGAAAGUAAACAAAACUCUCACGCGGCUUGAUCUUAGACGGAACCAAAUAUCUGCUCGAGGAGGCGAAGCGCUGGCUGAAGCUGUAAAAGUGAACAAAAUUCUUACUCAGAUUUAUCUUUGGUAG